AUGGCGCCCUCGUUUCUUUCCGCCGCCAAGUCGGCUCUUUUGUUUUCUGCCGCUGCGUGGCCCUCAGGUGGCGAGAUCGACAUUUACGAGGCCUGGAAUCUCGACGCUGCCAGCCGUAUCGUUAUGCACACUGACGCGAAGGUCGGGCAGUGUGGCAUCGACGGCGAGGGCAUGACCGCCGACAUGGGCAAACCCAAUUGUGCCGGGGAUGCGCCUGGCCAGGGGUCUGGCGAAGGCUGUGCCGGCCUUGACCCUUCUGCUCCCUAUGCCUCUGAUAAGGGCGGUGUCUACGCCCUGGAGUGGACCGACGACUCCAUCAAGAUCUGGGCAUUCACCCACGACAAUGUCCCUGCCGACCUUGCCGAGAACCCCAACCCUGAGACCUGGGGCCUGCCCCGAUUUGCCAGUGCCGCGUGCGAGGUGGGCAAGGUAUUUGAUGAUGCGCAGAUCAUCAUGAACAUCAACUUCUGCGGCGUUGCCGGCCAUAAGGGCCACUGGGAUCAGUGUGCCGAGACCACAAAGCAGACAAGCUGUCAGGCCUAUAUUGCGGAGAACCCCGAACUCCUGAAAGACAGCUACUUCCAGGUCCGCUCUAUCAAGGUCUACACCUCUGGUGAUGAAAAGACCGAGUACGCGCCGCCUGCCAUCGAGUCGGAGGCCGCCGAGCCUACCGUCACCAGUGUUGUCGUUUCUUCUCCUGCGCCCGAAAAGCCUCAGUACACGGAUCUGCCUGAGGGCGAGGAGGUGCCAUCCACUCCUGUGGAACCUGAGGUCCCUGUCGAGUCCGACUUUUACGAGCAGCCGGGAACGCCAUCAAGUCCUGUCGAGCCCGAGGUCCCUGUCGAGUCCGAAAUCUACGAACAGCCGCCAGAGACGCCCGAACAGCCUGUUGUAUCCGAGCCGGUCUCCGUCGAGAAGCCUAUUGCGUCUGCGUCCGCCUCGAUCCCCGAACAGCCUGUUGCAUCUGAGCCCGUCUCGGCUCCUGAACAGCCUGUUGCAUCCGAGACUACUUCCGCCUCCGAACAGCCUGCGCAGUCUGCCUCUGUCUCCGUCCCAGACUACCCCAUCGAGACAGAGCCCAUCUCGAUUGUGCCUUCAGAGUCGGUUCUUCCAGUGUCUACCUCCGUACCCAUCACGUCGGGUGAACGCCUCACGACCCUGACCAUCUCGGAGACGCGCGUCACCACCAUCACGUCGUGCCCGCCCGAGGCUGCCGCCGAAUGUCCCGGCAAGGUGGGCGAGGUUGUCACUGAGGUCAUUGCUGUGACCACGACUGUCUGCCCCGUGACCGAUGUGCCUACGGUCGUGACCGUGUCGAAAACCAUCGUCAACACUGUCACUUCGUGUGCUCCUGAUGUGCCUGAUUGUCCUGGCGCGCCUUCGACGACCAUCCAGGAGGAGGUCAUUACAACAACGACGGCAAUCCCUGUCUUGGAGUCGUCGGUGCCGGUGCCAGUGUCUGAGCCGACGCCCGAGGUGCCGACGCCCGCGGAGCCCACGCCCGAGGUUCCAACCCCUGAACAGCCCACGCCAGAGGUUCCUGUCCCCGAGGGGCCUGGCAAGCCAGAAGAACCUGAGUAUCCCACCCCUGAAGAACCAACCCCGGAGGAACCCACUCCUGAGCAGCCUACCUCUCAGGUGCCUCAGGUGCCUGUGGAGUCUGAGAAGCCUACACCAGAAGAGCCCACCCCUGAGGAGCCCGCACCCGAGGAGCCUACCUCUCAGGUGCCGGAGGUACCCGUGUCCGAAGCACCUACCCCGACCAUCACUAGUGAGCGACUCACGACCCUCACCAUUUCCGAGACUCGCAUCUCGACCAUCACUUCUUGCCCGCCUGAGGCCGCCGCCGACUGUCCCGGAAAGCUUGGAUCAACAAUUACGGAGGUUGUCGGCGUUACGACUACAAUUUGCCCUGUCAUCGAUGUGGCGACCACAGUCGUCGUCUCCAAGACCAUCGUGAACACCAUCACCUCCUGCGCCCCUGAGGUUACUAACUGCCCUGUGGGCCAGCCGUCGACUACGAUUGAGGAGGAGAUCAUCACGACAACGACGCCGGUGGUGGUUUUCGAGCCAACUGGGGAGCCUACGCCUGAGGAGCCAAAGCCUGAGGAACCCACUCCAGAGCAGCCUGUUCCUGAACAGCCAACCCCCGUUGAGCCUACCCCAGAGCAACCCACACCCGAAGAGCCCGUCACGCCUGGAGAGCCAACUCCAGAGGUGCCUGUGAUUCCUGAGGAGCCAACGCCGGUGGUGCCUAUCACCCCUGAGCAGCCAACUCCCGAAUACCCCGCUCCCGAAGAACCUAUCCCGGAGACACCUGUCCCUGAGCAGCCCACGCCUGAAAGCCCUACUCCCGAGCAGCCUACUCCCGAGCAGCCUACUCCCGAGCAGCCUACUCCCGAGCAGCCUACUCCCGAGCAGCCUACUCCCGAGCAGCCUACUCCAGAGCAGCCUACUCCCGAACAGCCCAUACCAGAACAGCCUACUCCUGAAGAACCUCUCACGCCCGGGCAGCCGACACCCGACUACCCUGCUCCAGAGGAGCCUGUGCCACAGCCUCCAUCACCGACGGCUUCUCAAGUCGUGCCGCCUCCCCCCGCCAUCCCGACUUUCACCUCAAUCAUUAAUGGAACACAGACUGCGCCUGUCACUUUCCCGACUAGUACUGAUAUUCCAGUCGAAGUGGAUGCGGCGAAUAAGCUUGGAUCAGGUGGCUUGACGCUUCUAGUUGGCGCAGUGCUAGGUGUUAUUGCGUUCGUGCUGUAA